AUGUCUUCAACCAAUCCAGUUCCAGACCUUGAAGCAGGUAUCCAAUACUGGGCCACCCAGCCCGCAAACUACGACGGCGUGCUUGGUGGAUAUGGAACGGGGUCACUUCCUCGUGUCGAUUCUCUUGGAUCACGUCGCUUCCUCCUCGAUCUCCUCCCAGAGCUAUCCACAGUCCCAUCGCCAUUUCGGAGUCUCUCUGCCCCUCUGUCCGACACCAGACGUGUGAGAGCUCUUGAUGUCGGUGCAGGUGUCGGACGCGUCACGUCAGACGUUCUCCUUCCUCUUGUUUCAGACGUCGUCCUGCUCGAGCCUGUAGAGCCUUUUAUCAACGAAGCCCGAUCACGCGGAAAAGCUAGCGAAUCCGGUUUAGAAACCAAUGACAGCGGGUAUAGAGUUUUAUGGAAGGGUAUCGCUGAUCGAUCGAAGAGCGUUACGUUCUUCAAAGGUGCUUUGCAAUCGUUUGACCCAGUUGCGCCAGGGACACCUCUGGAUCGUGUUGGGUAUCUGCCGCAAGAUGGUGUUGAUGAUACAGAAUCGAAAUUCGACGUGAUAUGGUGCCAAUGGUGCCUAGGCCACUUGAAAGAUGAUGAUCUUGUGCAUUUCCUGCAGAGGAGCAAGAAGGCUCUGCGUGAUGCGAGGAGUCUCAUCAUAGUGAAGGAGAAUAUAUGCCGCGAGCAAAAUGAGCCAGUGACCGUUUUUGACGAGCAAGACUCGACUUUCACCCGGUUCACCUGGCGUUCAAAAAUGUUUUCCGGGACUGCUGGUCUCAAGAUGAUCCAAGAGAAAAUCCAACACGGACUUCCCGAAGGGCUGUUUCCUGUGAAAAUGUACGCACUAAGGGAGGCAUGA